UUAUUAAGCCAUUAGCAGUAGUGAAGGGGGGCGGCAGGGGACUGAGAAAAGGCAGUAGCCAAGAAAAAUGGAAGUUGAAGGAGAAGGAGAAGACAACAAUCUGAAAAAUACAGUACCGGAAAGAGUAAGAAUACAUGUCGGAGGAUUGGGCGACACUGUUACGGAAGAUGAGCUUCACAAUUUAUUUUCGAAAUUGGGAUUAGGGUUUCAAUCUGUCGAAAUUAUCAGAACUAAAGGCCGCAGCUUUGCCUACAUUGACUUCUCACCCCAAUCCGUCUCUUCUCUCACCAAGCUCUUCAGCACUUAUAAUGGGUGUGUUUGGAAAGGUAGGAAGCUGAGACUUGAGAAGGCUAAAGAACAUUAUCUUGAUCGUAUGAAACGAGAAUGGGCUGAAGAUGCUGAGCCUGCCAGUGGUGCAUUUAGUGAGGACGUUGAAGAUGAUGUGGACAAGAAGACAGAGUUUUCGACAAAGCCGAUGAAAGAUCUCAGUUCGGAAAAGAAGCAACUCACGAUAUUCUUUCCAGGAUUGCAAAAGUUGAAAUCCAUACCAUUCAAUGGAACUGGCAAGCACAAAUACAGUUUUAGAAAUUUUGAAGUUCCUUCUCUUCCUAAACAUUUCUGUGAUUGUGAAGAGCAUUCUGGUUCUCUUUCUGCUAAAGAAAAUCAGAUUGCUAUUCUGGAAGAACAAGGUGGUGGAAUGAAUGAGAAAGAGGUCGGUAUGAUGAAUUCUGUGAUGAAUAGGCUUUUUAAGAUGCACAAUGUUCCAGAAGCUGCUCAUACUGAAAUUGAAAGGACCGAAGAAGAAGACUAUUCUAAAGAAGAAACUGCUGAUCCGCAACUUGAUGAAAGUGAAGGUUAUUCUACUGAAGAUGAAGAUGGCCUUAUAUUAAAUGUGGUGAGCCAAAGGAAGGAGAGGUCCUUCACUAAUCAGAUUAAGGAGCCAAAGUCUAUGAAAAGAAAAACUUAUGAAGACAGACCAGCGCAAGAAGUCCUAAAAAAGAAGACAAGAAAUACUGAAGAAAAUCAUACAAAUCAAUAUGAAUCUGCCAUUGCUCGAGGUAAUGGGAGUUUGCAUGCUCAUUCAAAUGAGCCUGGCUCUGGAAAUCAGCAUAUUGAAUCACAACCAAGUGUGAAACAAUCAGCUACUGGUGCUAAAUGGUCCCAGAAGUCUUCAUGGAGGGAACUUGUGGGGGAUAAGAGCAAUGGUGUAGUCAAUAUCUCUGACAUAUUUCCUGCCAUUUCUUCCAAAAAGAAAGAGGAAACGGAACCUGAUGCCACACUUCACUCCAUUAAAAAGAAAAACAAGAGGAAGUUGACAAAUAAAAAUUGGAGAAGUCAGUUGGACAAAUCAGAAGGAGAAGGGCUUGUAGAAGCUCAACCUACGCAAGGGCUUGUAGAAACUCAACCUACCCAAGGGCUUGUAGAAGCUCAACCUACGCAAGGGCUUGUAGAAGCUCAACCUGCCCAAGUGCUAGUAGAAGCUCAACCUGCCCAAGGGCUUGUAGAAGCUCAACCUACGCAAGUGCUUGUAGAAGCUCAACCUGCCCAAGUGCUUGUAGAAGCUCAACCUGCCCAAGGGCUUGUAGAAGCUCAACCUGCCCUAGGGCUUGUAGAAGCUCAACCUACCCAAUUGGAUUUUGGCUUAGAUAAGGCAGGCAGAGGUUCUGCGUGGCUCCAGAAAGCUUCAUGGACACAAUUGGUACACUGUAACAGCAGUUUUAGCAUCAGCCAAAUCUUGCCAGGCGUUAAAUUUGACAAGCAAGAGCCAAUAAAAACAGGUAAAAGCGAAUCUUGUACACCUGUUACAAGUUCUGGUAUCGAAAGGAAUGAUGAUGUAAAAAGUAGUCCAAAAUCUGACCAGCUCAUUGUUAUGGGUGAUAACAAUGGUUCAGCUCCAGCAGAAAACAAAAAGAAGUCGGCAAAUAAGCAAGAAGGUGGAGUAGUAGCGAUUGAUACUCCAGUUCCAUCCGAGAACAAAAAUAACGCACCACCAAAAAGAAAAGUUGUGACAAUUGGUGAGAGUCGGCCUUUUAUGAGGACCCAGGAAUCAGUUAAAGAGUGGGAAAAUAUUAGAGCAGCGCUGAGCGGAUCUCGCAAGAGAUCAAUCAAGGGGAAAUAGUUGCAUGAGACUAAGUUUGGCUAGUGUCAUGCUAGGUUUUACAGAAUUAGAAUCGAGUAAUUGACACAAGAUAAUUUUGUCGGGGUAAUGAACUGAUUUUGUGUAUUGUGUAGUGACCUUCAUAAACUGCAUUUAUCUUGAUGAUGAUUAAGAUAUUUCAUAUGGUUUUGCA